CUUGCAGCAAAUUUAAAGUCCGCGAAUUGCAUCAUCUCCGUCGAAGGUCUCCGUUCCCUCUGUCCCUCAAUUCGGUUUUAGAAGGCCGUACGGCAGGUUCCACCAAAAGUAUUCAAUGAGUGCCAGCAUCCGUUCCUCGACUUACGUCAGUUCCUUUAUCACUACUAGGUCACUGUAGGGAUUUAACCUGCAUCUGAUGUGCUCUGGCCACACUUUUCAGUAAGGCCAUAACAACACUGAGUAUACGCAUAUAAUAGCUUUCUAAACUUAGAGUGCGCUUGGAAUUGGGCGGAGUCAAGCAACACUUCUAGCCCAGCGGCCGGGCUUGGUUUGAAGCUACCUAUUCGUGUUUGUUGAGGUGGGUCGAGAUGCAUAGGAAUUCCCAGAGGACUCAUUGCACUUUUCUGACCUCGUUCUGGAAUAUCCAUCACUGAGUCACCUCGGUACACCGUGGGUGCAUCAGCGUUCAUGCCUAGGGCCCUCCCCCGAGUCUUCUUUAGGUGGAAUUUGCCGUUAGUUUAGAUUGCCAUUUUGGCAGAACCAUAAUUGCCGUGGCUGCCGCCAAAAUUGCUGCGUCAGCAAACCCCCCUUUCGAGGUGUCUUUUUGUUGGGCCUUGUUCGCGGUGCUUCGGACAACUCAGGCCCGCACGCAUUGUAUGCCUUAAUAUUUCCUAGGGGAAUCUUUAAUCCUUCCGUAGCUUUUGUUUUCGCGCAACCCUACUCCCACAGUAUGACUCCGCAGCCUGCAACGUUGCAAUCUGCGCACGCGACCGCACUUCCCCGUUUUCCUCCCGUUGCCUAACGCCACAAACAUACUUCACAACACCAAGUCCAUGGCAAUUGGCGCCCUCCGUAUCCCAGUCCGCAUCGCCGACAGCUACGUCCGACCCGGCGACGAGCAGCGCCUCUUCCCAAACGUCCCGGAGUACCUUUGCCUCGAGGACAUCCUCUCCGCCUGGCCCAGGGGCCUUAUCACACACGAAAAAUUCCUCCAUAAAGGCACGUUUUGGCGCUUGAUGAAGCGGCCGAUGGCCAACGGCAACAGCGUCUACAUGGCCGUCAUAGAUGACCCGGGCUCCGCGAACGGCAACGGCGCCGCCAACGGCCACCUUUCUGCACGCUGCACCACGCCCGAUUCGUCGGCACAUCGCCUUCGCAGCAUGCCGGUCGACGGUUUUUCUCCCGUUCACGACGGCUCCGCAUCUGACCUUGUGGGUACUGACUACAUCUCUGACGUACCUGCCCAACGCAGCCAGUACCACCGCGGCCCUCUUUCGGCACAGCACUCCUUCCACCACGCGCCAUCCGCUCCCGCGCCGCUCAGCUCCCACGGCUCGGCGCAGCACCAGCUGCAGCAACGCAACGGCGACUUGGUACUGCAGCCGUACCAUAGCAGCGGUCCUGCCGGCCUCCGCGAGCGCAACACCAGCUACAACAGCAUGGCCAUCGUCCCUUCGCAGCCCUCCGGUGGCAUCUCGCCUUCGCAGUUAACCCCGGGCUCCUUCUCCCUGGGUUGCGGCGGCAACGGCUUCAUGACCGAUCUCCUCGCCGCCACAGAAAGUCCGAUGCCGCUAGAUAGGUUCAAGGCCUUUGUGCGGCUGUUCUCCACACUCGGUCGUAUGCGGGAGGCGUUGCGUCUUCCCGCUACGACGCCGCGUGCGGCAGCCGAGGACGUAGCAGACCCCGCCUGGGAGUCCCCCGAGGCACAAGACCUUGUACGGCAGCUUUUGAUGACACGAUGCGAGACCAACGACCUGCUGUUCAACCAGCUGAUAAAGCAUGUGGGUCAGGAGCCUGCCGCAGGCGGCGCGGUGGUGUUCAACAACUCCAACGUGACCGCCAACCCAACGAACCACAUGUUGGCAGCGCCACGCACGUUUGUGAACACCGUGUCGAAUGCCUGGUCCAAGGCGGAUGUGAAGCGGCGGACGCAGCUCGGGGCGCUGGGCGGUGUGGCUGUGGUGGCCCUGUGGGUGCUGAAGCGGAAGCUCUUUGGAGGAGGUGGUGGCGGAGGCGGAGGCGGGAGAGGGCGCUAUGGCAGACCCGAUGACUCUGAGUGGGGCGGUGGCGGCAGCGGCCGACGCAUCAGGUAUUCCUCCUCCCCUAACCCAAUCUCCGCGGACUCGUCCGGCGCUCCCUCUUCUGGCGAUCCCUUGAAGGUCUCUUCCCGUCCUUAUUCGUCCUCCAGGCAGCCAGGUGCCCCUGCCUCCUGGCGCAGCGCGUGGUGUGGCCUUCUGGCUGGCUGGGGCCCUGGGCCUUCUCGGCAAGGGCUGGGGCAAAAGCGUGACCGGUAUGGGCCGGAGCCUUGGAUUGAAACUAUUUCCUGGAGCCCUCGGGCAUUUGUAUAUCACAAUUUCCUAACUAGCGCAGAAUGCGACCACCUUGUCCAGAUAGGUACCCAGCGGGUGAGCCGAUCGCUAGUAGUGGACUCCCAAACGGGGCAGAGCAAGUUGGACGACAUCCGUACAAGUUAUGGAGCCGCGUUUGGGCGUGGGGAAGACCCGGUCAUCGCGGAGAUCGAGGAGCGAAUUGCGGAGUGGACUCACUUACCUCCUGAACACGGAGAACCUAUGCAGAUCCUGCGGUACGUGGACGGCCAAAAGUACGACGCGCACUGGGACUGGUUCGAUGACCCCGUCCAUCACAGAUCCUACCUAGUGGACGGCAACAGAUACGCCACCGUGCUGCUGUACUUGUCAGAGGUGGAGGCGGGUGGAGAGACCAACUUGCCCCUGGCAGACCCCAUUGACAUGUCCGUACAGGCCAUAGAGAACCCCUCGCCGUGUGCGGCUAAGAUGGGUCUCAGCAUCAGACCCCGGAAGGGGGACGCGCUGCUGUUCUACGACAUGGACAUCGAGGGCCAGAAGGGGGACCGUAAGGCCCUCCACGCGUCGUGCCCCACACUCAAGGGUAUGAAGUGGACGGCAACGAAAUGGAUCCACAGCAAGCCGUACAUGGGCCGUUUCGACCCCCUGCGCACUGCCGGAGUGUGCAGGGACACGGCCCAGGACUGUGCGGCCCUGGUUGCCGAGGGCCGCUGUACCUCCGAUCUGGACACGAUGGUGGGUCCAGCCGGCAAGUGCCGCAAGAGCUGCGGAGAUUGUGUGGACUGUCCAAACGGCGACAUCCUCUGCGCCCGGAGAAAUAUGCGGAGUCUGGUGUUGGCCAAGUUAAAUGCGGCUAAAGGGAAGAGCAGCAGUAGCAGUAGCGGCGGCGGUGCACCAUAA